GACCUCAAGGAAACAUUCCAUAUACGCAUCGUAAGGAACAAAACGUAUCUGAUGAUACUCGUCAAGGCUUUAGGUAUGGAUCUCAAGGGCUUCAACGCAAUAACAGUAAGCAAGAUAACUUAUCUGAUGUCACACGUCGAGAUAACGGACAUGGGUUAGGACCUCAAGGAAACAUUCCAUAUACGCAGCGUAAGGAACAAAACUUAUCUGAUGAUACUCGUCAAGGCAUUAGGCAUGGAUUAGGAGGAUCUCAAGGCAAUAAUAGUAGGCAAGAUAAUCCGUCUGAUGAUACUUGUCAAGAAUUUGGACAUGAGUUAGGAUCUCAAAAUAAUUCACAUCGUAUUAGUAAGGAGCAAGAUGAUGACGCUUUUGUAGACUUUGGACAUAGGUUAGGAUCUCAAAAUAAUCCACAUCGUAUUAGUAAGGAGCAAGAUGAUGACGUUUUUGUAGACUUUGGACAUGAGUUAGGAUCUCAGCGAAACAAUUUACUACGCGAAGAUAACUUACCUGAUGAAGACUUUGUACUUGAGUUAAAUAAUAAUAAUGAUAACACAUCUGAAAAAGAAUUUGGAUACGAGUUAGAGAAUAAUGAUGAUCCAUAUUCUCAUCACAAUAAUAAUGAAGAUAAUUUAUAUGAUGAAGAAGUACAUGAUUUAGAAUAUUAUGGGAAUAAUCCAUAUUCUCAGCAUGAUGAUAUAGAAGAUAACUCAUCUGAAAAAGAGUUUGGACAUGAUUUAGAAUCUCAAAACAACAUUGAUAACAGCUUAACUGAAGAAAAAAUUGAACAUGAGUUAGAAAAACAGUACAAUAUGAAAGAUAAGUCACAUUAUGGAACCUAUCAGGACAAGUUAAAAUCUCAAGACAACUUGAAAUCUUCACAACACGUGAAUAAUAAUCAAGAUAUUUCAUUUGAUGGUGCUCUUCGCGAUUUUGAAUAUGAAUUUCAAUCUCAAGAUAAAAAAGAUAAAAAGCAAAAGAAUAAUAUUAGCAACAAAUCUCAUAAAAAGGAUUCCAAUCCUACUAGACUCGAUAACAGUAACAAAUUGUCUUCAGAACAUAGUAAUAAACCACAAAGUAGUAGUAGUAAGGGAAAAGGCAUGGGAUCAUCACAAUCUAAUAGCGGUGGUUUAGGUAAUGUGGUGCGUAACUUCGUAGGUGGCCUUUUUAACAAAGAAGAGCGUGAAAUCAAUGUUAUGUUUCAUAUUCAUUUACCACCGAAUGUUAAAAAGUUUGGACAACCCAUAGUUCUUGGUGAUGUAAAAGAAUUAG